CCUAACGUGUUUUCAGUUGACGAAACUAGCUUUGUGACGAUAUGUUGUGUUCUUCGUUUGACGGUGAUAUUUUUGCUGGGUUCGUGUGAAAACAGGAGAAAUCAAAGUUUUGUAUUUCAAAAGUGGACUAUGGACGUCGGUUGAUCGAGUAUAUAUGUGUACCUGUUAGAUAAGUUUUGUUUUUAACUAAACAUAUGGAAUCUGAAUUUUCAACAGAUAAAGAAAGCGAUUUACCACCAGUGCCGCUAAAAACGUAUCAAUGGGAAGACUUACGAAGAGCUCGUGAGGCUGGGGCAUAUCCUUGGACCCAUUUUCUCAAACCGCCUCUUGAAGGAGAAAUAACAGCGGAAGAUAUAAUAAGGGAGACAACACCUAGGAGAAGCAUGUCCCGUGAAUUCUCAAAAUCCCGAACACAUUCACCAUGUGGUGGGGAACCACAGAAGAUUUUAAAUCUUAACUCUUCGCCAGGUAGUAGUAGAAAACAUAGCGAUGAAGGUGCAGACGGCGUGCAAAUACCUAAUUUUUCAAAAGAAGUUUCUCUGGAUUCAGAGGAUGAUAUCUUAAGUCAAACUACAGGAAGUGGCACAAAACGACCAGAGAGUCAAAUAAGCUCACAUUUAGUGACACCAGUGGAAAUACCAAAAAGUGUAUCUCCAAAGGGUAUUUUAAAACGUAGAGCUCAAGAGCAGCAGUACAACAUAGGUGUUUCAGAAACACGGGAAAAGACAAAAUGCUGCCAUCCGUUAGUCAAUAAAAUAAAACAUUUAGCUGAUAAAACUUUGCAUAAAUUGGAUAGAACCGAAUGUGAAAAGUCCCCUUUGUCGAAAAGGAAAAAAAAUGAAGUUGUCCAGGAAAUAAGACAGUUGAAAUCUUCCCCUGGUGCUGUUCGUAGACAAAAAUUUAGUGCAAUUAAAUUAGGAGAUUCGGAUGAAAUGAGUAAAACAAUGAGCAUUGACACACCCCCACCAAGAAAAAAGAAGGACCAUAUUUACGAGGACAUAGAGGAGUCCAAAUACAAUGACAAUGAAUCACUUCAUUCUAAUAGAGCAUUUGACUCUAACAGCAAUGGCAAAGAAAGCCAUAUAGAAAUCGAAAAUCUCGCAGAAAGAAAAUCAAUAGCUUCCCAGGAUCCCAGUUUAGUGAUGGAAGAGAACCAAGGUUCGAAUGGAAAUACUGAAAACAUAAUGGCAAAAUUGUAUAAGAAAGAUAAAACAACACAGAAGAAAGAAGACUUGGAUGAUAUGGAUACUGAAGAACCAAGUGUUGAUGAUAUUUUUCACGAACAGCUGGAAGGUAAUAGACCAGCCAAUGAAUCUCCCAAUAUAACUAUUACGGAAAUCACAGAGGAUAACCUUGAGAAUAAUAUUGAACAGUCCAAUACCAUACCAAUUGAAUCAUCGCCUAGUCCAAGUCCUCGAGAAUUUCAAGAAAAACGAAGUGAUGCAGAAAUGUUUGACAACGAAUGGUCUAAACCCAGCAGUGAUCACGAAUAUGAAAUAAUAGAAAAACCACCUCCAAAUAUAAUUUAUACUGCUCCGAGCGUUGAGGAGAGGCCGAGAAUGGUAAAAACUGACGAUGAACUAUCAAGUACUACUUCAUUGGAACGUAAAUAUUUGCAACAUACAUCUGACGAAGAUGAGCAAAUAGAAGAAAAAGAAACCGACCAAAAUGGUGACGAAAUUCUGACAGCUGAAACUUUGCAAAAAAAUUUAGAGGAGCGGUUUUUUGUAAACACUCCAUCUACUGCUUCAAGAACAGAAUGUGAAAUAAGCACAAGUCAAGUCGACUCAUCUGCUUUGGAGCAGUUGCCAUUGCAACGAAGUAAACGAUCAAAAAACUCUGAAAAUGUAGAUAAAAAAAUUCAACAACGUAUUAAAGAAGGAACAGGCAAAUUAAAAUCACAAGCUGGAAAAUUAAAGACAAAAAUACAAAAUAUGAAAGCUAAACAAUUUACUAGCUCAGAAAAGUCAAAAGUAAGCCUUCCCGAACGUCCGAAAUUCAAAAUGCCCGAUCGACCCAAGAUAAACUUUCCUGAAAGACCCAAGUUCACACUACCUGACCGUAGAAAGUUUAGUCUACCUGAAAGGUCAAAAUUCAAAAACUUUAAUCUACAAGAAAAGUUCAGCAUCGGUGAUAGAAAAAAAUUCACUUUUCCGAAUCGACCUAAAUUUAAUGUUCCUGAUCUAUCGAAAUUAAAAAUGCCAGAACGACCAAAGAUAAAUUUUCCAAGUUUAAGCAGGAAAAAAGAAUGUAAGGUUGACACAACUGUUACUGAAUCCAGUUCCGAUAAUAUGCAAAACGUGGCGACAGUAGACUUCGAAGCGAAAACGUACCCAAGAUUUUUUAACAGAAAAAAGAAAUCUGAAUUAACAAAAACAUCUUCCUCGCCAACGCUAAAUAGAGAAGAUACACCUCCACCCACAUUCACUUUUACUCGAGUGAAAAAGAGCAAGGAAGAGUCUUCGUACAUUCCUGAUAGUCCUGAACAACCACGCGAAUACGGUAAUGUUGAUAACGAUAACAGUUAUGAAAAUGGGCACGAAAGCAGAAAACAAUUUGAAACCACUUAUGAUUUUGAUAAAUUAAGUCCUGAAUAUAUGGAUGAAGACAUUGAAUCAUCUCACUUAAAAGAAUCACGAAAUGCAGACUCCAUUCCGGAUAUGUCAAAUCAAGAAUACACACAUAUCAACGAAAUAAAUAAUGACGAAUUUUUCGUACGACCGAGAGGAAUUUCCCGCGAAAAUAUUCAAGUUAGAGAGUACCUAAGUGACGAAAUACGACAAGCAUUUAAUAUACCUAAGAACGGGCUUGCAACUAUGGAUUGCAAUACAUAUAUAGGUAUACACGACGAGCAUAUGUACGCUAACGAAGCUGAAGCUGAUCCAGAACUAAUGAUAGACGAAAACGAACCCAUACGAUAUUCAACUGAAGACUUAAAUGAAAGAGAUGACGGUUAUUACACAUUUCCACCGGUUAGGCCAUCCAGAGCAAAACGAAAGAAAAAAGAAACGGAUUCAAUCAAAUAUAUUGACGACAGUGUUAAUGCGAGUAUGCAGUUUAGCGAGGUAGACUUGGGGCUUCUUGAUGAUCAGACAGAAGAGCAGCCUAUGGAAAUAAAUGCAUCACAAGAAAUUGUAGAAACCCCAAAUCAUUUCCAUGAGUUCACACGCCCAUCUGACCUGCGAUCUAUCCAUGAAUAUGCAAAUGACGAUGUUAUCGAGUAUCCAGACAACAUACCUGUACAUUCGCAAACCCUGCCCAUGCCUCCCAAAAGAAAGAAGAAGUUCUCAAAGAAAGAUCUUAAGCAUUCUUCAUUGAAUGAUUUUAAGAGUAUAACACCUACUGAGCUGUGGGAAGAACGUGACGAACAACCGGACGACAUUGUUGUUUACCGAACGGAACAUGAAUAUAUCGUGCCCACCACAGAACCGACCGUUACAGAACAGAGCCCAGUAGCACCCCGGCGAAAUCGUUCAAGAAGCUCGCGCGGCACAUCACUUUGCGAUGACGAUCGCACAUCCCAUGGAGCAGAAUCACUGAUACUAGAUACACAGUUACCUUUAACUAGUGAUGUUAAUAUUCUUAGAGAUAUAAGACAAGAAAGCCCGGGAUAUGCAACAGUAGAUAAAGGAUCCUAUGCGCCUAGCAAAGGUGUAAGGCGGUCUAAAAGUAAAACUCCGCCAGCGCGCCGUCGCAAGAGUAAUAGUUCUGAAAGAAAGUAUUACACAGUUGGUCCUGCUAAAGGCCCAAUGCCCGACCGUCCACCAAGAAAAAAGUCAUCAACUAGCUUAAUGACGUUAGACAGUUUUACAAAGCGGUCAGUUAGUGGCGAUAUUAGCCAGUAUGUAGAAAUCGAAGAACCUCAAUUUGAAGAAACUCACAAGGACUUGAUUUCUGGAGAAGUAGUAAAAAAAAUGAAAGAUAGACCGUUACCUCCUCCGCCAAGACCACCUCGAGGCCCAAAACGAAAAAAGAGGUUCUGUGACGAAUCUUUAGAACACAUUUCGAACGAUCUAGUAACACCAUGUGAGUCGUAUCAUCAAUUGGCAGAGAGUUCAGUAAAAGCUGAAGAUGUUGUAGAAAUCGAGGUGUCAACACAAACAGAUCCGCUUCCCGAUGACAUUGAUUAUGAAUUUUGUCUAGAUGAAAAUCUUGAUAUAUCAAUGUCUAGUUCGCUGAGAGAUAUUAUUGACGAAGAUUCUAUUAUGGGAAGAUCUAAGAGAAAAAUUUCAGAUAGCCCUCGUGUGUCUCGAACAACAUCACGUUCUGAAAAGUCCCUUAAAUUAUCAGAUCCCAAAAUAUCUGAAUUAUCAAAACUUAAUAUUGAUAGAUCUUCUCCAACUGUAAUUUUGGUGGAGAAACGGGUAUCUAGCCCAACAAAAAUUAACGAACGCGAAGAAAUGUUAACUGAAGCCUCAUUAACCGUUCAGCACAUUGACGUCGAUGAGUCUAUGGUACCCCAAGUUCCACCACUCCCAAAAUCCAAAGGUAUGAUACCUAAAACCGCCGAUACGAAGAGAUUAGUUUCAACAAGCGAAGAUCAAUCACUUGAAAAAGUAUCUUCAGAAGGAACUAAAGAAGUUCAAUUAGAUAACUUAGUAACGCAACGGCUUCAAGUAAGAGACUUAGAUGUGGGAAAACUUAAUGUGUCGGAACUUCAAGCAAGUAAAAUUCUCGUAUCUGAUAUUGAGGGGAUGACGUUGCAGGUCAGUGAACUGGAUUCAAAAUCUGGUCACAUAUCUGUCAGUGGCAUUGAAUUUUCUCAAUCAGUAAUUGAUGAGAUUGUUAAGAAAUUUGCUGAAAUCUCAACUACAAAUAUACCUACUACAACUCGUAGUCCAGAAGUUCUUGACAUACCAAGACCAAUGAGUCGUGAAGAACAUACUCAAACGGACGAAAUGCAGCCCGAAGAGAAAAUAGUUGAGGUAAAAACAGAACAGGUUAUAGAAGUAUCUGAAAGUCAAACCGCAGGACCUUUAGCGUCGCCUGGACCAUCUAGUGUGGACGAUACUGCUGUGCCUCCUCAAAGACCUCCACCACCCGAUUUAGGUCCUCUUUUAUAUUCAUAUCUACAAGAUUUCGCUAUACCCUCAUCGACGUAUCCUCGAGCAAGGCCAUUUGAUUUUCACGAGCCUCAACAUCAAACUCCACCGCCUCCUGCACGAAGAGUUAAGAGGAAGCCUGCUGCUCUGCCGGCUUCUGAAUCUAGUUCAGAUGAAGUACAGAUGAAGCCUCGACCGUCACCUCGACCAGUGCCGCUGCCGGUGAAACCGCACGAGCCAACUGUAACUGAAUCAGGCGCACAAUUCCUUCGAGCUUGUCAUAAUUCGAUAACACGAACUAUUAGAAACAUAUUUAAUACUUUCAUGUCAUACAUACACGGCCAAGAAGACAAAAAAGAUAUGCAGAUGGCGUUGGUCAUCUUUUUAGUGUUGAUCGCGGGUUUGAUUAUGUUUGGACUCAGCGACGGCCGAACAGUACACCACCAUCAUUGGGAAUUCUUUAACCCACCUGAUGGUAAUCAAUAAGUAAUUGAAUGCAGCUGUCGUGAAUUUAAUCGUAAGUAAUAUUAGUUUUCAGUCCACAAUAUAAUAAUUAAUACAUAGAAAAUGUUAUACAUGUCACUAACGUAACAAUUUCCCAUAUAACAGCAACACUUUCACUGAUUUAAUAACAACUACUAUUUUAUUGCACUUGUGGCACAAAUAUUAUAAAAAAUCGCACAAAAAUAUUUA